UGUAUAAAAAAACAUCAUCAGUAUCUUCCAAAUACUAAUCAAACACAGCUCUCCAUUAAAGGAAAAAUAAAAUGGAUGUUAAAGCAAGUAGUAGUUGUGGUGCAAAGAUGGAAAGUGAAGAGGAGCAGUUGGAGUUGAAAAGAGGUCCUUGGACUGUUGAAGAAGACUUUAAGCUCAUCAAUUACAUUUCCAUUCAUGGAGAAGGUCGAUGGAACUCUCUUGCUCAUUCUGCAGGGCUGAAACGUACGGGGAAAAGCUGCAGAUUGAGAUGGUUGAACUAUCUCAGCCCCGAUAUUCGACGUGGGAACAUCACACAAGAGGAGCAGCUUCUGAUUCUUCAACUCCACUCUAAAUGGGGAAAUCGAUGGUCCAAAAUCGCUCAACACUUGCCUGGAAGAACUGACAAUGAGAUCAAGAACUAUUGGAGAACUCGGGUCCAAAAACAUGCUAAACAACUUAAGUGCGACGUCAACAGCAAACAAUUCCAGGACACACUGCGGUACCAAUGGAUGCCUAGGUUGGUUGAAAGGAUUCAGGCUGAUGCAACCGGCAAUGCAGGCGCUGGGGUUAUAGGUAAUGAUCCCAGUGGAGUCGGAUGUACUCCACAUAGUGUAUCCAACUCCAUUGAGACUCGAGUUUCAUCGGUUUCGGAUUUGACUGAUUGUUACAGUGGCGGCGUCUCGGUUAAUUAUAACCCUAAUCCCGAUUAUUUUCAAGCUGGGUUUGGUUACUCUGAGUCGUCCUUGAUGAAUCCCUCUGGAAGUUACUACAACCAUGGAGAUGGCACAGAUUUUUGCUUCGACGAUGAAGAUUUUUGUUGCUUACAGAACCAGUUCAACUUCGACAUGUGA